UCUAACAUCAAGGUUUAUGUACGGUGCCGGGCACGCAACGAGCGCGAGGUGGCCGAGAACGCGGGGGUUGUGGUGUCUGUGCCGUCGCGAGAGCAGAUUGCUGUGUGUUCGGGCACGCACCAGCGCACGUACGCGUUUGACCGCGUAUUUGGCGCAGAGAGCGACCAGGAAUCGAUUUUCGAGACGGUGGCGGAGCCGAUGCUCGCGCAGAUCUUGGCGGGCUACAAUUGCACUGUGUUUGCGUACGGGCAGACCGGCACGGGCAAGACGCACACGAUGGUGGGCGAUCUGGGCGUGCACCACAACAGGCUGUCCACAGACGCGGGGAUCAUCCCGCGCUCUGUGCACAAGCUAUUCGAGCGCCUCAAGAGCGUUCCGGACUACUCCGUGAAGGUGUCGUUUAUAGAGCUCUACAACGAGAAUAUCCGGGACCUGCUGGGCGACGAGUCGCGCCCGCUCAAGAUAUUCGACGACGUGGGCAAAAAGGGAGUUCUGGUGCAGGGGAUCCACGAGAUGUACAUCCGGACGGCGGCGGAAGGGCUGCGGCUGGCAGCGCAGGGGUCUGAGCGGCGCAAAGUGGCGAGCACGCGGUGCAACGACCUCUCGUCGCGGUCGCACACGGUGUUUUCCAUCACGGUGCACAUGCGCACGCAGGACUCGUACAAGAUGGGCGGCGAGGAGUUUGUCAAGGUGGGCAAGCUGAACCUGGUGGAUCUGGGUGGGUCCGAGAACAUCUCGCGGUCCGGCGCGACCAACCAGCGCGCCAAGGAGGCCGGCAUGAUCAACCAGUCGCUGCUGACGCUAGGGCGUGUGAUCAACGCGCUCGUGGCCAACUCGCCGCACAUCCCGUACCGCGAGUCGAAGCUGACGCGGCUGUUACAGGACUCACUAGGCGGACGCACCUGCACGAGCAUCAUCGCGACGCUGUCGCCGGCGAAAACGUCGCUCGAGGAGACGCUGAGCACGCUGGAGUACGCACACACGGCAAAAAGCAUCCGCAACAAGCCGCAAGUCAACGAGGUCGUCAACAAGAAAACGCUCAUCAGUGAGUACAUGG